UGUUACUUUGUCCUUAUAAUUCACUCAUUCCACGCUAGGGCAAAGACAAUGGAGAACACAAUUGAAGGUAACAAAGAGUUGAACACUUCAACCAUCACUGUGGGAGGCGUCUAUAACUUGUUGUGUGACAGCAUCAACAAUGAAGACAACAGAUCCGUGGUUCGUCUUGGUCGUGUAGAUCCCACCGACAACCCUUUGUUUCGGACUACCACUGUUGCUCUUGAUGCCAUUACAAGAGCCGUUCACUCAUAUAACUUCAACUGCUACCCUCCCACUCUUGGCUUACUGGAGGCAAAAAGUGCUGUUGCAGAUCAUCUCUCCUCUAAUCUUCCACACAAGUUAUCAGCAGAGGAUGUUUUUCUGACCAUUGGUGGCACACAAGCUAUAGACAUAAUUUUACCUUCCGUUUCACGUCCUGGUGCCAACAUUCUCCUUCCAAAACCAGGGUACCCUCAUUACGAUCUUCGUGCCACUCGUUCUCUUCUUGAAAUUCGACAUUAUGAUCUUUUGCCUAAGAGAGGAUGGGAAGUUGAUCUUGACUCUUUAGAAGCCUUGGCAGAUGAGAACACUGUGGCCAUAGUCAUCAUCAGUCCUAGUAGCCCAUGUGGGAAUGUGUUCACAUAUGAACAAUUAAAAAGGGUUGCUGAGAUUGCGAGCAAACUUGGAAUCUUUGUAAUCUCUGAUGAAGUUUAUGCUCAUGUAGCUUUUGGAAGCAAACCAUUUGUACCUAUGGGAGAGUUUUCUUCAAUUGUGCCUGUUAUUACCAUUGGUUCUUUGUCAAAAAGAUGGUUUAUUCCUGGUUGGAGAAUCGGUUGGCUAGCCAUAUGUGAUCCUCACGGAAUUUUUAAAAAAUCUGGGGUCGUGACGAAAAUAAUCGAAAAUCUGGAGAUCACUUCGGACCCUCCAACUAUCGUGCAGUUAGUAUGCACUUUGCAGGCAGCAAUACCUGAAAUCCUUAAGAAAACUACAGAGGAUUUCCAUUCAAAUAAUCUUAUGAUACUGAGGGAGGUUGCAAACAUAUUCUACGAAGGAUGUGAGGAGAUCCCUUGCUUAACAUGCCCUCAUAAACCAGACGGAGCCAUGGUUACAAUGGUGGAGAUUGACCUUUCACAACUUGAGGGCAUUGUUGAUGACGUACAAUUUUGCACUAAGCUGGCCAAGGAGGAAUCUGUAAUUCUUUAUCCUGGUGUUGCUGUUGGAUUAAAGAAUUGGCUUCGGUUUAGUCUUGCUGUUGAUGCCUCUGAUCUCAAAGAUGGUCUUAGCAGGAUAAAAGCAUUCAGCCUUCGACAUGCAAAGAUGUCAUAAGUCGUGUCAUUUGAAAGGUGUUGUUGUGACUUCUUAGGUGUGUGUUAUGUCCUAAUGAGACAUUUAUGCGACUAAAUAAAUUCAUGUGCUUCAUUUUAUGUUUUUUUAUCAUAUGAUUUGAUAUGUAGGCUCAGCAUGCACGGAUUGCUUUGCUUUUUCUAUGUACUUAUACAAUAUCAUAUUUACUGGGGAGGGGUUGUCAUAUCAUGUGUGGCAGCAAUGUACAAUAAUGUGUGCUUUCUUUUGGGAUCUUUAUGUUCGCUGCCUUUUCCUCCUGUAACAUAGCAAAUGGCUACUUUGGGUUUGCAAGUUAUUUGGUGUCUCCAUUUA